AUGGCGACAGUUAACGUCAUGCAGAACGGCCGGCAUGGUCCAGAGGAUAUUAAAAAGCGCCAGCAGGCUCUGGACUCGCACCAGUACUCGAAGAACGGAAUCCUACGAUACGAAUUCAUAUUCGGCCGGGGGUUUGUUUCAUCUGGUGGGGGCGAAACCACUGCGGAGAUCUUGCGUGAAAUUGUUUUGCCAAAGGGUGGCAAGGCGAUUGAUGUCGGAUGCGGGAUUGGCGGGAGCACUGCAGCACUUGCUGACAAGUUCAAUGCGAACGUGCUGGGGGUCGACUUGUCUUCGAACAUGAUAUCCAUUGCGAAGGAGAGAUACAGCUCAAGGCCAGACUUGAAGUUCCUCGUGGCAGAUGCCCUCAGCAUCCCCAUAGACUCGGAAUCUGUCGAUCUCGUCUACAGCAGAGACACAAUUCUUCAUCUGUCUGUUGACGAGAAGAAGUUGCUUUUCAGCAAGGCCUUUGACUGGCUAAAGCCAGGCGGACAACUCGUCAUUACAGAUUACUGCUGUGGGCCACGUGAAAAGUGGGAUGAUGAGUUCAAGGCCUAUUUGCAGGAUAGGAACUACAAGCUUGUGCAGCUAGAAGAGUACAGGCAAUUGCUCACUGAAGCUGGUUUCGAUGUCGUUAAAGCGGCUAACCACACUCAAAGGUGGUUGCAGUCAUUGGACGAAGAAAGCCAACGCCUGGAAGAACAGAAGGAGGACUUUAUGCACCUAUUCACUCUCAAGGACUUCCAGGAUCUUCGUGAUGGAUGGCAGAGCAAGAAAGAGAGAGUUGCAAAGGGGUUGCAAUUCUGGGGUCUCUUCAUUGCAUUCAAGCCCGCUGAAGGCGUAUCAAAGGGAAUGAAGUAA